AUAAAAUGACUUCUCAUCACCUUUUUCUCUCUUUCAGUAAUUCAACCGAAACAAAAAAUGAGGUCGCCUCUCCACCAGAAUCAGCUCACUCUCAUUUUGGGACUCUUCCAGGUUGUGUUCCUGGUCAUCUUCGCUCUUUAUGGAAGCUAUGACGCCAGUGCUCUUCCAAGUGAAACAAAAAAUGUUGAAGAAGCUGCUCGAAUGACAAAUCUCUAUCCACUCUUCCAAGAUACUCAUGUUAUGAUCUUCAUUGGUUUCGGUUUUCUUAUGACUUUCUUGAAACGAUAUGGAUUCUCUGCUGUUUCCAUCAACAUGCUUCUCGCUGUAUUCACAAUUCAAUGGGGAAUUAUUGUUCGUGGAAUGGCUUCAGCUCAUCAUGGAUUCAAAUUCACAAUUUCUUUGGAACAACUCUUGACUGCUGACUUUGCUGCCGCUGUGAUCCUUAUCUCAAUGGGAGCAAUGCUUGGAAAACUAUCACCAAGUCAAUACGUCAUCAUGGCUUUCUUCGAGACUCCAGUUGCUCUGAUUGUUGAGCACAUCUGUGUUCACAACCUUCAGAUCAAUGACGUCGGAGGAUCAAUCAUUGUGCACGCCUUCGGAGCAUACUUCGGACUUGCAUGUGCCAAGGGAUUCGGAAAGAAGGAACAACGUGGACAUACCAAUGAAGGAUCCACCUAUCACACUGACAUCUUCGCCAUGAUCGGAGCCAUCUUCCUCUGGAUUUACUGGCCAUCGUUCAAUGCGGCUGUAGCUGCUACUGAUGAUGCUCGUCAAAGAGCUGUUGCCAACACUUUCCUCUCCCUGUGCGCGUGCACCAUGACAACUUUCCUAGUCUCCCAAGCUGUUGAUAAGCAUAAGCGCUUUGACAUGGUCCACAUUGCCAACUCGACAUUGGCCGGAGGUGUCGCCAUCGGAACCACUGCAAAUGUUGUUCUCGAGCCAUACCACGCUAUGAUCAUUGGAGUAAUUGCCGGAGCCGUUUCAGUCAUCGGAUACAAAUAUAUCACCCCAUUCUUGUCUGAGAAACUCGGAAUCCAUGAUACUUGUGGAGUCAAUAAUCUUCAUGGAAUGCCUGGACUUAUUGCCGGAUUCGCGUCGAUCGCCUUCUUGUUCAUCUACGAUGAAACUAGAUAUCCAGCACAAUACGACAAAAUCUACCCAGGAAUGGCUCGUGGAGAGGAUCGAACCAGAAUGUUUGAUGAGAAGACCCAGGCUUUGAACCAGCUUAUGGCAAUCGGACUUGUCUUCUUGGCAUCAACUGUCUCUGGAUAUUUGACCGGACUUCUUCUAAAGUUGAAGAUUUGGGAUCAAGUUCGUGAUGAUGAAUAUUACGCAGAUGGAGACUAUUUCGAAACUCCAGGAGAUUAUGAUUUCACAUCGAGAAUUGUCACCUCUGUCAAGCAAAUUGAAGUUGCCGAAUACAAUCCACUCAGCCAAAAAGAGGUCUAAUUUUAUCAAUAAGCAUUUAAUCAAUUUGUUUUAUUGCUCGUUAGUCGUUCAUGUAUAAUCUCCCUGAUGUUUUGAAUAAAAAUAUUUUGCCUUGAAUUAAUCUUAAUGUUUUUACUUUUUAAACUUUUUUUAAAUUUUUCAAAGGAACCAGAAAAGAUGUUUUUAUUGCUCUCUAUCUUUAUUCG